UAUUCGCGCUCGUCUCUUACAGCCGUUCUUGUCGGUAAACAAUUUACGAGUCUCGUGAAGACACUGUUUCAAAUUCGGCAUCUUCGCAAAUAAUUGAUUCGUAUUACGUAGUACGGACGAGUCUCGCGUGACUUUCGACAUGUUCAUCUGCGAGAGAAUGCCGACCACAAGUGCGCUGUGCGCUUUCGCGUUCCUACUGUUCGCGCUGUUGUGGGCGACGAUGCGCUCCGAAGCCGUGGUUCUCGGUCCCGAAUACGUCCUCUUCGCCCGCCGCAUGGACGAACCCGUCGUGACGGACGCCAUCUGCGUCCUCGGCCAGUCUCAAGGAAGCAACGUCACCGGAGUGCUCAACUUUCAGCAGGAGGACCCCGACGACUUCGUGACCAUAACUGGUGACGUCAUUGGACUAUCACCUGGACUUCACGGUUUCCACAUUCAUCUGCGAGGUGACCUCACUCAUGGCUGCUCGAGCACGGGCCCCCAUUUUGACGUGGGCAGGGGCAGCUGGCACGGGGCUCGUGUGGACGUCGUUCGCCACGUUGGAGACCUCGGGAACGUCGAGGCCGAUUCUCGGGGCGAGGUCUUCUUCACGAUCAAGGACCGGCUCGUGUCGCUCAACGGACCAAACUCCAUCGUAGGCCGCUCAGCUAUCAUUCACGCGUUGGAAGACGACCUGGGUCAGGGCGGCUCCCCGGAGAGCCGAAUGACCGGCCGCUCUGGAAGUAUAGUCGCCUGUGGGGUCAUCGGGGUCACCCAUCCCAAGGACCAAUAAGGCCGCGAGUAACGCGAGACUUCGUUAAGCAAAACAGCUGCGCCUUUGUUCCCUCUCCAUAGCCAAUGCUCGAGCGAUUCGCGCAAGCUUGAGUCGCCGCAUCGGCACUGGGCGCGCUCCCUUUGAGCUGCGAGUCGAUUGUAAUUCAAUAUACAACGAGUACAUUUUUUAUACCUUAUGUAAAUAAAAUAUCGAGUUUUAUUUCCUU